AAGACGCAGAGCGAUUCAGGAACCUGCCCAACGGGUAGCCUUUGGUUAUUUGUAAAGCAGAAAAGAAGCGGGGCGUUUGGCACUAGCGCUCUUAUAUGCGUAAAGACGCCUGAUGCUUGGAAAGACGCAGAUUCGGGCUCACCGCGCGCAAACGCCCACAUCCUCAAGUCGGCUCUGCUUUCUUUAGGUGAAUGAAAGUUUCCUAGCAGGGGACGGCAGAAGAGAUGAUAUCUGACCAGGAUGAGUCGGAAAGGUGAACUUAAAUAAGCAAAAGUGCGCGUCAACCACCUGUUAUAAAUCAGCACGAAAUGGGCAUGCUUAGUGUGGACCUCCUGGUAACUUUGCAGAUCUUGCCUGGUUUCUUCUCCAACUGCCUGUUUUUCGUGCUGUAUGAUUCGAUAGUGCUGGUUAAGCGUGUGGUGUCACUCCUGAGCUGCUCGGGCUCCACGGGUGAGUGGCAGCGCAUGUUAACCACAGCCGGCGUGCGCUCCAUAUGGAACAGCUUUCUGCUGGAUGCCUACAAACAGGUGAAGCUAGGCGAGGCUGCUCCAAACUCCAAGGUGGUGAAGGUCCCCGGCAUCAACAGACGCUGGAGCAUCAGCGGUAAGACCCACAACGAGUGCCACUUGCUGGACUUCGAGUCUCCAGACCGCCCGUUAGUGGUCAACUUCGGCUCGGCCACUUGACCCCCCUUUAUAAGCCAGCUGCCGGUUUUCCGGCGGAUGGUUGAGGAAUUUUCGGAUGUGGCAGACUUCCUGCUUGUCUACAUAGAUGAGGCUCAUCCCUCAGACGGCUGGGUGGCUCCUCCCAUGGAGCACUUCUCGUUUGAAGUGAGGAAACACCGUAAUCUGGAGGAGAGGAUGUUUGCUGCCCGGACACUUUUGGAGCAUUUCUCCUUGCCUCCUCAGUGCCAAUUGGUGGCCGACUGCAUGGACAACAAUGCCAACGUAGCCUACGGUGUGUCCUAUGAGCGGGUUUGCAUCGUGCAGAAGAAUAAAAUCGCUUACCUUGGGGGUAAGGGUCCAUUUUUCUACAACCUUAAAGAUGUUCGGCACUGGCUCGAGAAGAGCUAUGGAAAGCGAUAAUUUCUUGGAAAAAGAGGUCAAAUAGCCUUUUCUGUGAAUGGUAAAAGAUUUUAUUUUUGUAUAACAGAGAUAAAUCGAGGGUAAGGUGCUUUUUGAACUGUUUAACAACAGUAGCUCCGGUGGAAACACUUGGGCUGGGCUCCAAGUCAUUUUCUUGAAUUGUCUAAAAUGAUCAGCAGGUGUCCUACAUUCUUAACCACUUAAAGAGACAAAAAUGAAAUGAAUAUAGACACUAAAUACUGACCAUAUGGUUUGCACUUCAAUUUUGAGAUUACAUUGUUGCCAGCAAAACAAUUGGUAGAUGCACUAUUAAUAACUUGUUCCUUUGCGAUUAAUGUAGAGUUAAAGUGUGCAAUAUUUUUGUGCGACAUAUAUUGCUUACAAAAGAAAACCAAAUUGCUGAACAGAAGAGAAAGCACAAGUACCCAGCUUUUUUAUGAAAAAAGAAUAAUUUAUUUUUUAUUGACAUUCAAUGUUUAUUUUAAUAUGUGGCCUGUUUAUGCACUUGUAAUGCUUUCCCUUCCUCUCUUAAACUGACAAUCGUUCAUAUUCCAUGUGCCAUCAGCUUUCGCAUCACUGAUACACUGUUCAGUUCAUUUGCACCAGUAAUAAAAGCAUCCUCAGCAUGCCAUUACGAAAACUACUAAUGCUAGUCAGUAAUGUACUUAACAAUCACAACGAUCUCACUGCUCGUGAUAGCAGCCUCAGCCUCUGGGCUUAGUUCGGACACUUGCCUCUACUGCAGUGUACGGGAAAGCUGAUGAAACCUCCUGAAUGUUAGAAAAAUGGUUUUGAAUGUCGUCGACGGUGACUCUAAUGGAUCCGCAGUCGCUCAUUUGGGUCAAUACGGCGCUGGUGUGCACAUGAAAAUCACAGACGAAAUGGUCCCCUGUCCUGUCUGUGGUUGGAUGAGAGACCACACCUCUCUGUCCUGAUCCAAAUGGGCAUUACUGCUAACAUGCUGAAACAAUCACUCUGAAUCACUAUGAAGGCUUUGAGUUUUGUUUCACAGAACUGUUCUCAUGUACUACAACCGUCCUCUUCCUUUUAAUGAGAAAAAGGCAAGAAACAAUAAAGCUGAACUGCUGCUGACUACGA